AUGAAGAGAAUCAUUUCAAUCUUGAUCACACUUUUGGUCUACUCUUUAUUGCUCGGUGAAUCGAAACCAACUCGUGAUGCGGAAUCAAACGUAUUCAUGAACAUUGAUGACAACAUGUUGCCCCUCAUUAUUUCAUCACACAAUUCCGAUAAGGCCGAUAACAAGUACACGAUAUCUUCAGGCGGCCAUAAACAUCCCAAGCAUCCUAAAAAUCCAAAACAUUCAAAACGAGCUUAUGUACACUUUACAGAUCCACCAGAAUUGACGAAGGGUUUAUUGAUAUUUUGGGAAACUAGAGAGAAUACAACAUUAAUUUUUGGUCAAUUUGAAAGUGGUUUUGUUGAAGGGAAAGAAAAAGACUAUUCGUUUAAAGUGUUUAAAGGUAGCAAAGAAAUCGUGGACUUAAAACCUGAUAAUGAAAGUUUAGAUGCACUUCUCAAAAUCAGACCAAAUGGUUCCACGGAUCCUUUCUUAUUUAGUGUUAACACAACUUUAAUUUCUGGUAAUAAUAAUAUUGUCAAAGGGGAAGUUGUUAUUAGUAAACCUGAUACUUUAAUUGGAAAAAAUAGAAUUUUUGUUUUGCAUUGUUAG